AUGCAGCAGUUUCACGAUGCACCUCUCCCCCAAGGAUGGUGAACGGGAUUCUGGGGAAGUCAGUCACUCUCCUCCUGAACUUUCCUGCAGAUAAGAAAGCCGACGUGAUCAGCUGGAAUCACAAUGGAAUCAACGCAGCAUACAUACACCUCGAUGAAUCAGGAAAGCUACAACACGUGGUACCCUUCAAAAACUGGAAAGAGCGACUGAACUUCACCCAGACAUACUCCUUGCACCUCAGCAACCUGACGAUGACUGACGCAGGAUCCUACGAAGCCCAGAUAAACACAGAACCUUCUCCAACGGUUUCCUGUUACACUCUGAGGAUCUUCAGACCACUGAGGAACUUACAAGUUACCCAUCACACUCAACUGUCUGGGAAUAGCACCUGUGAGAUCCACCUGACCUGCUCUCUGGAGAAUCCAAAUGAUACUGUCUCAUUCGGGUGGAAGCUCUCAGAAAACAGCUCUCUACGAGAACCAAACCUCACCAUCUCCUGGGACCCCAUUAGUUCCAGUGAACAGAACUACACCUGCAUAGCUGAGAACCCCGUCAGCAAUUUAUCGUCCUCGGUCACUGCCCAGAGUCUCUGCACAGGUGUUAAGAAAAAUGUAAACGGGUUCAGAACCUUGAUUAUAAUUCUAGUGGCCUCGUUGCUCCUCGCCAUACUCAUCAUUGCGUGCGCACUGGCUUCACGGGCUUGGAAGAACCGAACAGCAGAGCCUCUACAGAACACAGAGUGCACGUCAGUCUCUCCAGGGAGCACCGUGUACGCACAGGUCACAUAUCCAAACCUGGAAAUGAAAAUCCCAGCACCCACAAAACAGGACUCCAUUACAAUUUACUCCACAAUUAAUCAUUCCAAGGAGACUAAGACCACUUCUUCCAGGGCAACUGCCCUUAACAACAUCCAAUAAAUUUUUUGAAAUAUACCUCAGAGAAAUUCAGAGAUGACACUCUUCCUGAUCUCAUAGGAGAGAACGAAGAGAGAGGAAGCUUGGUUUUCUAACUGGCAACCGAAAGUCCAUAUCUAGCAUUAUGGCUUCCAGUCCUUCAGACUUGAUCUGGCUUACCUACAUCAGACACCUAAGGAGUAACAUCAUCUCCAGAGUGUGAUUCAAAUAAUAUUCCCCAGUCCACUCCAGGACAAAAAUAUUCUUCCGAUAACACCUGCACAUUGACUUUUUUCUGAUAACCAAACAGAAGAGUUAUGGACAACAGAUUACAAUUCAGCAGACAAUCAUUUCUCUCUUUAGAAAAUAGCAGGAUAUGAUUCAUUGUAGGAAGAAUACAAUGUUGGUUAUGUAUGGACUUGAAUGGGCCCACAAUCAUAUCCUGGUACACCAUUUACUAGUUAUACCUCUUGGGACAUAUUGCAUAAUCUCUUGGAGUUAUAGUCUCAUAGACUGAAAAAAUAGGAGAAUGGCAAGAUGUCCGCUCCACUGCUCCAGCCAGGAAUCUAAGUUCUCCCUGACUACAGUUUCUCUACCAUCAGGCCCUUUGUACUCUACCUCCAAAAUAUACCUUGGACUCAUCCACUUCUCUCCAACCCUCUGCCACCAUUCUAUAUCCAACUAUCACCACCUCCAACCUGAAAUACCACAAGAACUUCUGGACAGCUCUCUUAAUUUUGCUCUUGUUCUCCUCCAAUCAAUUCUCAACAAGAGAGCUAGAGAAAUGUUUCUUAAUAUAAAUCAGAUCCUUCACUUGCCUGCUUAUAACCCUGUGGGCCUUUCCAUUGCACUUAAGUUGUGUCUGCACCGCCCUGGAUUAUCUGGUCCAUUCCUAGACUUAGCAAGUACCACUCUCCCUUGGUACUCUCCCUGAUCUUUAGCUUCUCUAGUAGAGGAAAAAGUUCUCCAUGCCUCAGUCAUUCACAUCUUCUCAAAGACCUUCUUCUUCCUCCUGUUCUUGAGGUCUUGGCUUAAAUAUGUCAGCUUCUAUGAGACCACUUUCUAGACCGCCCUCUCUGAAGUACAGUCCCUUAUUAUUUUGUUCUACCUCCCUUGUCAUUUAUUUACCGUAUGCCAUCAAAUAUUUAUUUGUAUUUGUUUAAUUUCUGUUUCUCCUUUGGGGGAAAAAAAUUCUUCGGGGAUAGAGAUAAUGACUACCUUAUUACUGUAAUCCUAACAUUUAACACAUUGCAAAUGUUUGAUAAAUACUUUUAAUAGGUAAAUGAACAUGAAAUGGAUUUUGUGAGAAUUAAAUAAGGCAAUACAGUUGUCUCUCUGGAA